UUAUGAUUAUGAAUUCUGCAAUAAAAAAAAUUCGUGAUUUGUCGUUACGGAAGAAAAAAGGGAAAAAAUCGCGAAGCUUGAGAACACAUAGAUAUGCAGAGUGAAAUCGGGAGAUUGAUGUUCCCUGAAGAUGCUCGAAAAGUAGCUGAAUCAAUCUCUAGAUUCCGAUGUUCGCAGUUUAAUUCUCAUCGGAGAAUUUGUACUUCGAUUUGGGUUUCUUUGAUUUUUUCUUUUGUAGAACUUGACGAGAUGGGGAGGAGCAUUACUGGAAAUUUCACAGUUUCAGAAAGUCUCUGAAGUCAAAACAAAUGAAUCUAGGUUAGCACAAAGAAGCUGACGCCUAUGUAUGCAAACUUUAUACAAUUGAAUUCAAAAUCAUAAAGGUCAGUGGUCUUCGACGACUGUGGGGACACAUUGUUUGUCACUUUGUAUUUUUCUGUAGAAAUUUCUUUGGUGUUUCUUACUAUAGUGAUAGUGGGAAACACAGUGUUAUGUGGUCUUUGAUGACUUUGGGGACACAUGUUUGUUUUUUUCUCUUAUCUUCUCAUUUUUCCCUUAAUAUAUAGCACAUUGUGAUACCUUCUUCUUCAAAUCUCACUUUUACUCUAUCUCUUAUGGCUUUUUCAUCACCGUCUGACUUCAAGAGAUACCAUGUCUUUUCGAGUUUCCAUGGACCAGAUGUCCGUAGUGGAUUUCUCAGUCAUUUACACAAUCACUUCGAAAGCAAAGGGAUCACUCCGUUCAAGGAUCAAGAGAUCGAGAGAGGCCAUACGAUCGGACCUGAGCUCAUACAAGCGAUUAGAGAAUCUAGAGUCUCGAUUGUGGUGCUUUCAGAGAAGUACGCUUCUUCGUGCUGGUGCUUAGAUGAGUUGGUGGAAAUCUUGAAGUGCAAAGAAGCUUCGGGGCAAGUUGUGAUGACUAUUUUUUACAAAGUUGAUCCGUCCGAUGUACGGAAACAGCGGGGAGACUUCGGAAGUACUUUCAAGAAAACAUGUGAAGGGAAAACCUGGAUAGUGAAGCAGAGAUGGAUCAAAGCUUUGGAAUAUAUAGCAACCGUAGCUGGAGAACACUCUCUAAGCUGUUUUUUUUUUUUUCUCUUGGCUCAAUGAGGCUAAUGAAGCAGAGUUGAUCCAAAAGAUUGCUACAGAUGUUUCAAACAAACUUAAUCUUACACCGUCGAGGGAUUUUGAGGGGAUGGUGGGACUUGAAGCUCAUUUGACAAAACUGGACUCUUUUUUAUGCCUUGAGAGUGAUGAUGUAAAGAUGAUUGGCAUUUGGGGUCCUGCUGGAAUUGGUAAGACUACCAUUGCUAGAGCUUUAUUUAACCAACUCUCUACCGGUUUUCGGCUUAGUUGUUUUAUGGGGACCAUUGAUGUUAAUGACUAUGAUUCGAAGUUGUGUUUGCAAAACAAGCUUCUGUCCAAAAUUUUGAACCAAAAGGAUAUGAAGAUACAUCAUUUAGGCGCAAUUGAAGAAUGGCUACAUAACCAAAGAGUUCUUAUAGUUCUUGAUGAUGUGGAUGAUCUAGAGCAACUAGAGGUAUUGGCUAAAGAAAGUUCUUGGUUCGGUCAUGGAAGUCGGAUCAUUGUUUCCUUAAAUGAUAGAAAGAUUUUGAAGGCACAUGGGAUCAACGAUAUCUACGAUGUGGAUUUUCCAUCCGAAGAAGAAGCUCUUGAGAUCUUAUGUCUAUCUGCUUUCAAACAAAAUUCUCCACAAGAUGGUUUUGAAGAGGUUGCAAAAAGAGUAGUAGAGCUUUGCGGUAAGCUUCCAUUGGGCCUUCGUGUUGUGGGUUCUUCUUUUUAUGGGGAGAGCGAGGAUGAGUGGAGAAUUCAAUUAUAUGGAAUUGAAACUAAUCUUGAUAGGAAAAUUGAGAAUGUCUUGAGAGUGGGAUAUGACAAAUUGUCGGAGCGACAUCAAUCUUUGUUUCUUCAUAUUGCAUGCUUUUUCAACCAUAAAAGUGUUGAUUAUGUGACAACCAUGCUCGCUGACAGUACUUUGGAUGUCGAAAAUGGGUUAAAGACCUUAGCCGCUAAAUCUCUUGUGUCUACUAAUGGAUGGAUAACGAUGCACUGUCUACUACAACAAUUGGGUAGACAAGUUGUUGUUCAACAGGGUGACCCGGGGAAACGUCAGUUUUUAGUAGAGGCCAAAGAGAUUCGCGAUGUCUUGGCAAAUGAAACAGGUACUGAAUCCGUCAUAGGUAUAUCGUUUGACAUUUCGAAGAUCGAGACGUUAUCUAUAAGCAAGCGAGCCUUUAAUAGAAUGCGUAAUCUCAAAUUCUUAAAUUUCUAUAAUGGAAGUGUUAGCUUGUUAGAGGACAUGGAAUAUCUACCUCGUCUAAGGUUACUUUAUUGGGGUUCAUACCCGAGAAAAAGUCUUCCUCUGACAUUUAAGCCAGAAUGUCUCGUCGAACUCUAUAUGGGAUUCAGCAAGUUGGAGAAGCUAUGGGGAGGAAUCCAGCCCCUCACAAAUCUAAAGAAAAUAAAUUUGGGAUAUUCCUCUAAUUUGAAAGAAAUCCCAAAUCUUUCGAAAGCCACUAACCUCAAGACGUUGACGCUUACCGGUUGUGAGAGUUUGGUGGAGAUUCCAUCCUCUAUUUGGAAUCUACAGAAACUGGAAAUGCUGUAUGCGUCAGGAUGCAUUAAGCUACAAGUUAUUCCCACCAACAUCAACUUAGCAUCUCUUGAGGAAGUCAACAUGAGUAAUUGCUCACGUCUGAGAAGUUUUCCAGAUAUAUCUAGUAACAUUAAGCGUCUCUAUGUAGCAGGCACAAUGAUUAAAGAAUUUCCUGCAUCCAUUGUUGGACACUGGUGUCGUCUUGAUUUUCUUCAGAUAGGCAGCAGAAGCCUCAAGAGAUUAACACAUGUCCCAGAGAGUGUAACACAUCUAGACCUACGCAACAGUGAUAUAAAGAUGAUCCCAGAUUGCGUCAUAGGUCUUCCGCAUCUAGUAUCUCUUCUCGUCGAAAACUGCACAAAACUGGUGUCAAUUCAGGGUCAUUCCCCUUCGCUGGUGACCCUAUUUGCAGACCACUGUAUAUCACUCAAGAGCGUAUGCUGCUCUUUCCACGGACCAAUCUCGAAAUUGAUGUUCUACAACUGUCUGAAACUGGAUAAGGAAUCAAAAAGAGGAAUCAUACAACAAUCGGGUAACAAGUCUAUAUGCUUGCCAGGUAAAGAAAUCCCUGCAGAGUUCACUCACCAAACUAUAGGGAACUUGAUAACCAUCUCCCUGGCUCCAGGUUGUGAGGAGGCUUAUUCUACGUUCUCAAGAUUUAAGGCUUGCCUCCUGCUUUCGCCAAUCAAGAAUUUCGCAUUUAAUAAGAUAAAUUGUUUUCUAAGAAGCAAAGGUGUCGAAAUUAGUCGCACUACAGAGUCUAUAUAUCCUUUUGUGUCUGGUGGAUCUCUAUCAGAACAUCUGUUUAUCUUUUGUGGCGACUUAUUUCCUGAAGAAAACAGAAGCCUUAUGGACGUGACUCCGAACGAGAUUCUGUUUGAUUUCAGCUCCAGUGAUGUCGAGAUUGUGGAAUGUGGUGUAAAGAUCUUUUUAAGUAGUGGCAUUGAAGUGGGCUACUGUGAAACUGGAGGCAACAGAAACCACCACAUAGAUGGAGAAGCAGAAGCGUUUAAGGUAACUCAAGUUGAAAACAGUAAACAUACAGGCCACUGGAGUUGGCUUAGGAAGCUUCGUCUGGGGAAGAAGAAGAUGAAGAAUAAUAAGACAGAGCUUAGUUCGAGACCAGUCUCAGGAUUUAGUGAUCUUACUCGGGGAAUCUUUAUAAGGUAUCAGGAGCCUGAAGCUGUUGAGCUCACUAAAGAUGAAAGAAUCACAGAUCUUUCGAGUUUACUAUGUAUUGGUUCCCUUGUGGUCUGUUUUUUUCUUUCUGUUUUUUUCGGGCAACCCCUUGUGGUCUCUGUUUUGUUGCUUUUUUCUUGCUUCUUUCUUCAGAUGCAAUGAGCUGCAUCACAGACAGAUCUUGUUGUGUUUGUAUGUGCGAAACAAAAAAAGAUUUCAGUUUUCUUGUUCUUAUAUAUACUCCCUCUGGGAGAGGCCUUGUUAAUCUAUCCAAAGAAGCACGAUGCUCUUUGGUGCAUUGGGGAUGCUCAUACUUCAUAUGGGGUUUUGACUCCUGAUCAAACUGAGGCUAGAGAUCACUUUGAGAAAGCUACUCUGCUUUUUCAACAAGCUUUGGAGGAGCAACCGGAGAAUGCUCACUAUGCGAGAUCACUGGAAUUGGCUUCCAAGGGUCCAGAACUAAAUACAGAGGUUCACAAACAUGGUUUAGGUCCACAACCAUUGGGCGGCACCGCAGGACCACCAUCUACCAGUGCGAAGGUAUUUUCUUUUCUUCAAAUAUCCCAAUUGGUUUGAUGAAAAUCUAACAUUUUUGUUCUUUCUUAGAUUACUUUGAGAAAGCUACUCAGUUCCUACAACAAGCUUUUUUUGUUUGCUCUCUUUUUAGUAUUCAUCAAAUUCAGAUGAGCUUUAAUGAUAAGGUCAUAUUCGUUUGAUUGAAUCUGCCUGAAAAUGUGAACUCUUUAUGUUAGAAUUUCAAAAUACUCUUGAAUUUGGAAUAUUCUUUUAUGUAUGUAUGUAUGUUAAGAUGUACAGUUUUCUCUAUUAAAAAAAAAAAAGAUGUACAUUUUGUUGAAAUUCGAAUUGGGUGGUUUGUUCGAAUUACAGGAAAUAUCACAGUUUCAGAAAGUCGAGAGUCAACAGACUCUCGAAUUAUUCACCUAGUUUUGAAAAUUUUGUCUUUAUUAGUUCCAUAAUCAGAGGAAUUUAUAACUUAUUCUCGUUAGCACAAAGAAGCUGAUGCCUAUGUAUGCAAACUUUACACAAUUGAUUUCAAAAUCAUAGAAGUCAAGGUCUUCGACGGCUGUGGGGACACAUUGUUUGUCAC